CAAUAUUUACAGUGAUCACGUUGUUUAUGUUUGUGAAAAUUAGCUGUUCCUCACAUUGAUAAUAGGAUUUCAUAUCUGUCCUGACGUUAAGAGUGGUUCAUAUAAACACAGUGCGAAACUAGGCGGUUGACUUCUUAAUUAAUAAUGUGUAGUUAAGUGUACAAUUUGUUAGCAUGUGUGACAUACAUUUUCCUAAAUGAAAACAGUGUGUAAAGAGCAGCUGUACAGUAUAAAGAUACACGAUUUCGCAAACAUAACAGCGGUGUGCAGAAUAUUACAAGUCAUUUUCCGAAAAGAAACGUACUUUACGUGUUCUCGUUUCUUUACAAUAGAUUAUAUUUUGCUUCCACAUUAGUGAAAAUGGCAGAUAAUACGGAACAGAAUUCGGAGUUAUACGCUGCGAGUGAAGAUGCAAGCUCACUGUGUGAUGAAGAUCGUGUGAGGAAACUGUUUCAGGCUUGCGAUGGUGAUGGAGACGGCUACAUUGACAGCCAGGACCUGCUGACGGUGUGCCGCGAGCUGAACCUGGAGGACUCGCUGGAGGAGCUGAUGCGCGAGCUGGGCGCCGACGACCAGGGCCGCAUCUCCUACCAGGAGUUCCUGCGCCGCCGCCUCGCGCUCCGCCCGGAGAUCGACGCCCUGCGCGGGCACACGGCCGCCGGCGCGCGCGACUACCUGCCCGCCAGCAGCGACAACAGCCUCGGGGCGGCGUCGGCGGGCAAACACGAGAGCUGGGAGUUCGACUCCGGCGCGCGCGACCUCAGCCCGGAGCCGCACACGCUGCAGAAGCUGGUCGAGGCCGCCGGCGGCUCGCUCACCGCGGGGUCGCCUGCCUCCAUGCUGGACCUCGCCAACAAGCUGCACCUGGCGGCGUUGGCCUCUCUGAAAGGCGAGAUCCUGGACCUGUCUAAUCGCCUGCACACCGUCACCCAGGAGCGAGACUUGCUCGAGAAGACCCUCAACAAGACGCAGCUGGAGAAGCUGCGUUUGGUAGCCGAGACAGAGGAGAGAGCUGAACUGCAGGCCCAGAGGUACGAAGAAAGGCUGACAGAGCUCCAUUCGGUCAUCGCAGAGCUGACGCGGAAGAUCGAGAGGCAGAGAUCACUAGUGAUACGGGAAGAAGAAGAUGUCAUCUCGGAAAACGAGAAUGAGGACCAAGACCUGUCUCGCGACGCGGAGGGCUCGACCACGAACCUGGUGGACGACUCAGAGCUGCAAGAUCCCGACCGCACGAUUGGAGACCCUGACUCCAGCAACUCAGACAACGAGCACCAAGCAGAUAAUGAAGAGGAGCCCGACGAAGAAGCGUGCAUCGUACCAGAUCCACCAGAUGAAGAGGACUGUACCUCUGGCGAGCCAGACACAACACCUCUGGCAGAGCCUGAGCAUUCAGCAGUCCAGCAGCUGCAGCAGCAGCAACAGCAGCAGCAGCAGCAGCAGCAGAAGACAGAGAUGGAGGGGGAAGGCCUGCUGAGCCGUGAGGCGGGCACGUCAUGUCGCAGCCUGCAGCUGGCCGGGCUGGCUGAGGAGCUGGCGCAGCAGCGAGCAGAAGCUGCUGCGCUUCGAGAGCGUCUCGAACGGCAAGGUCACGAGCUGCAACAGGCACGUGCCAGCAUCGCCACGCUACGCGCUGACCGCGACCGCCUGCGCAAGAAGGUGCGUGAGAUGGAACCCAAAGGAUCACCUGAGCACAGGUGUUUAUCAUCCUCCCCAACAGCAUGUACACCAAAUAACCUGUCAGUUGUCCCACAAGAUGAUACCCCUGUCUGCAAGGUAGCUGAGCGUGUGGUUCUUCGCAAGAUGGACCAUCACAUCACUGGUUCUCAGUUGGCUUCACUUGGGGUAUGCAGCACCAAGGUGGCAGAAACAUUAGUUAGUGAAUUACAAGAGGCAGAUCUGCAAGAAUUGACCCAUGGUGAAGCAGCUGUAAGGCGGCAAUUUGAAGUGGAAACGGAGAGACUGAAUAGUCGUGUAGAACAUCUUAGAGCUCAAAAUACUGUCCUAGCCCUCACCCUGGAAGACAGCAAGUCACAGUGUGACCGCCUUAGCUUGCUGCUUGGAAAAUAUGAGUCAAAUGCCACAGCACUCAGGUUAGCAUUAGGAUAUAGUGACCGAGCAAUUGAAGCUUAUGAUGUUUUGGUUGCACUGUUGGAAAGUGAACUCGGGUUGCUCCUUGCAAAUUGUAGAGCAGCUGGUAUUGGAAAAUUUGCAGGAAAAGAUGAAUCCAAAGAUGGUGAAAAUGAUGCUGUAGAAAUUGGUAGUCUGUUGCGCCGUGCCAGUGAGAACAGAAGAGCAACAGAAACAGUUGCAAGACAUCUUUUAGCCAGACUGGAAGCUACUCUGGCCAGUAAUGCUAUUAACAUCAGCACAUCCCCUUGGGAGGAAUACAGCCAUACAACAAGCACAAGCAGCUCAGGGGAAUGCAGUGAAUGGGGCCAAAAUGAGGAAAGAAGACUACGUGAUCACAUAGGAAAACUGAAGGCAGAACGCAGUGCAGUGAGGGCCACAGUAGUUGAACUGGAGAGCUGCCAUGCAGAACCUCCAUCUCCUCGUCCGCCAGUGUCUAUUGCAGAGGCCAGAAAGCUUGAUCUUGAGACAGCUGUUCUCAUGCAGGAAUUGAUGGCAAUGAGAGAAGACAAAGCUGAACUCAGGGCAAGAGUGUAUUUGCUAGAGAAGGAAAGAGCAUCCUUGGAACUCAAACUCAGUUCUAUGGAUGCUCAUCAUGCAGCUCAGCUGGCAACUAUUCAACAUUUGCAAAGCCAACUGCAAGAAACUGAGCAACUUUUAAAUUCUCACAGUAAGGAGAAGAGAAAAGUAAUCACUAUGGAUGAUAAUGAAUGUGUGGAGGAAAUGACAUCUGAACUGUCAGAAGCAUUAAGGAGGGAAGCACGAUUGAAGGAGAGGUUACAGGAACUAGUUUCUACACUGGAAAAAGUCAGCAAGAACUCUGAAAUGAGGCAUCAACAGUCUGCUGAUCUCGUUAAUGACCUCAAAAAAGCCAACAGUGCACUUGUCCAAACACUGGAACGCUCAAAAAAGAAAUACCAAACUCGACUGAAAAAGCUUGAACAGCAAAUGCUGGCAAUGGUUGACAGACACGCUUCACAGGUCAGGACACUGAAGCAAAGAAUAUGUAUUUUAGAAGAGGAGACUUGUGCCCACAAAGUAAACAAUUACCAAGUUCCACAGAUACCACCUUCGGGAAGCCAUUCUCAGAGUUCUGGAGCUAGCGAGACUUCAUUGUGACAGGCCCCCGAAAGAAGAGAAAUGAGUGCCUGAAUUUUGCUGAAGACGUACAUCAGGGAAAUAAUUCACUUGAUUGUCUACUAAUAAAGACGGUUAAUUUACUUGUAAUUAUUUGUAGGACAAUGUAUGUGACUGACUAUUUAUUGAGAGAAAUGUUGAUGGCAAAAUUUAUUUUUAGUGGCCAGUCUUGCCUUUUUAGUCUGCUUUAAUAGAUAAUUUAGUACAUAUGUAUAAAGGAGAAAUGAAAGACAAGACUAAAUAUGUUUCACAUGAUUUUACUGCUGUACAUAUGUAAUAUACAGAACAUACCAUGUAUGCAAUAAAUAUAUUGUUACAGUAAA